AUGGUGCAGAUGAAGUUCCACAAACGGGACGAGCUGUCCUCGUUCACGACGUUGCUACUGUCCUCUCACGCUCAGAGGCUGGGAAUACAUUUCCCUUCCACUUCUUACGCUGUAACGCAUGCACCCAAACUUCCAAAACGCGAUUUCAUGAAAACGUUCGACGAGCGCGCUCUCGACUACCACCACUGUCAUUCGUUCAACGACAGCCGUCAAGGGUCACCCCAUUACGAAGUCGACGAGGACGAGUGCGACGACGCCGAGUCGGAGGCUUCAGUGUCAUUACAUUCGGACCACAGUGCACGCACCUUCCCACCUUUUCCUCGAGCGGUCAGGCCAACCCUGAUGGCUUUCUACGACGACGAACGUUACGACGACCUAGAAGGCAGGCCUCCGAAUGAAGAUGGCGUCGAUGUGGAGGGAGAUGAAGGCCCGCUGGGCGACGCGCAAUGUGCUCGAGGUCAAGGUCAGCCGGUGUAUGGUUUUGGUUUCUGGAUAGGUAUCAGUAAGGGGAGGCGGGGGUCUGCUUCGACUGAGAGGAGCGGUGCGACUGGGUCGUCGAGGCGAACGAUCAGGUUUGGGAUCUCCAUUGGCAAGAGGAGUCGUCAGCAGUCGAGGGAAAGUGCGAAAACUUCGUCCCCUGCAGGCUCUGGUUUCCUUCGCCGUUUCGUGCCGACGUGGAGCGUCUGA